UUCUCUCGCGAGAUCUGACAAGACUGCGCGCGACGCAAACACGGCGAGGAUAAAGCAAGAUGGCGUCUGACGGUGAAGACGUUAUUGCAGUGUUCUUAAUCUGUGCGUCCAUGUACACAUAUAUGUCCUUUUUACACUCUAUUAAAUAGAGUAAUAAUAACUGUUUGUAUAUUAGUCUGAGCGCACUUUGAUGCUUCUCCAGCUAGCUUAGCUUGCUAGUUAGCUUAGCUCGUUAGCUGCUAACAAAGAGAGGCGGAAGUGAUGAAAACACAUCGCUAAGCAGAGAUCAAGUGUGAGUGUAAAGUGUUGUGAUUGUGUGAAAAUGUGCGAAGGAACCAUAGCAGAGUACGAGGAGGUACUUUGUUCAACAAAAGAGGAGAAGGAGCGACAACAUCAAGUUGUGUUACACACAACAGACAUCCAUCAGCUGAUUGGACACCAAGAAGAAUGUCUCCCUCAUCUGCAGGGGGACAGUUUCACUUCAGCGGAUCCACAGCCCUCACAUUUUAAAGGGGACAAGGAGGAUUCACAGCCCCCAUAUUUUAAAGAGGAAGAGGAGGGAGAGAGUCCUGUAGGGCAGGAGGAGGAUGAUGUCAUGACUGUUGUCUCUGUGAAGACUGAAGAGCAUGAAGACAAAGCACCUGAGUCCUCACAGCUUCAUCACAGUCCAAAUGUCCAGCAGCCCCUUCACAAUAAAGAGGAAGAGGAGGAUCCACAGCCCACCCACAUUAAAGAGGAAGAGGAUGAUCCACAGCCCACCUACAUGAAAGAGGAAGAGGAGGAUCCACACAUGAAAGAGGAAGAGGAGGAUGAUGUCAGCAAGUUUCCACUGACUGUUGUCUCUGUGGAGACUGAAGAGCAUGAAGACAAAGCACCUGAGUCCUCACAGCUUCAUCACAGUCCAAACGUCCAGCGGGUGUCAGCGGGGAGUCAUGAAGAGGAGUGGCACACCAGUGUGGGACAGAAGGAGCUACAGGCUCCCUCCCACAUUAAAGAGGAGCAACUUCAUGAUGAAGAUGAAGCUCAGUCCUUACAGCUUCAUCACAGUCAAAGUGAGGAGAACAGAGGGGCGGAGCUUGUAAGUCAACACAUCACAGAAGCUGAUGGAGAGCAUUGUGAAGAUAUAAAGUCAGAACCAGACAGCAUCUUUGCUCCACUGUCAGACAUGGACCACAUGAUGUCACACUCUUCUGAUCACAGUGACCACAUCCAAAAACCUUUGGAGAGUAAAAAUGACUCGAAAGGUGAUACGAGACAUCACACUAACAACAAACACUUUGACUGCUCUCAAUGUGGGAAAUCAUUAAGACAGAAGAUUGAUUUUACAAGACACAUGAGAACACAUACUGGAGAGAAACCUUUUAGUUGCUCUGUUUGUAAGAAGAGUUUCUCCAGAAAGGAAUACAUGACCACACACAUGAGAACACACACUGGAGAGAAACCUUUUACUUGCUCAGUUUGCGCCAAAAGAUUCAACACUAAAAAGAAAAUUAUAUUACACAUGAGAACACACACUGGAGAGAAACCUUUUAGUUGCUCUGUUUGUAAGAAGAGUUUCUCCAGAAAGGAAUGCAUGACCACACACAUGAGAACACACACUGGAGAGAAACCUUUUACUUGCUCAGUUUGUGCUAAAAGAUUCAACACUAAAAAGGAAAUUUUGUUACACAUGAGAACACACACAGGUGAGAAACCUUUUACUUGCUCUGUUUGUAAGAAGAGUUUCUCCAGAAAGGAAUACAUGACCACACACAUGAGAACACACACUGGAGAGAAACCUUUUACUUGCUCAGCUUGCGCUAAAAGAUUCAACACCAAGUAUGACAUGAUAUUACACAUGAGAACACACACAGGUGAGAAAACUUUUACUUGCUCUGUUUGUAAGAAGAGUUUCUUCUGUAAGCAAAGCAUGACCAGACACAUGAGAACACACACUGGAGAGAAACCUUUCCCUUGCUCUGUUUGUAAGAAGAGUUUCUCCAGAAAGGAAUGCAUGACCACACACAUGAGAACACACACAGGUGAGAAAACUUUUACUUGCUCUGUUUGUAAGAAGAGUUUCUCCAGAAAGCAAAGCAUGGCCACACACAUGAGAACACACACUGGAGAGAAACCUUUUACUUGCACUGCGUGUGAUAAAAGGUUCCGGUUUAAGAAUCAGGCCAGUAGACACAAGUGUGUAACAGUCAUGGAAGCUGCAGGGAUUUAAAAACACUUAAACAGUGAUUGUGAUAAAUGUAGUUUAAAAACACAGCAUGUUUAAUAAGAAUGUAUAUUUGAUGUUGUAUGUAGUGCUUCUCAUCUUCUAGUCUUAUAUGUUGUCCUGUAGUUACUGUUUAAGUUGUGUGCAUGUAUUGAAUAUUAUAUAUGUAGCUACUAUUUUAUUUUAUUUUCUAAUUGUUAAAGAGAGGACAUCUAAUUAUCAUUUGUAUUUUUUUCACACAUUUUUUGCUUUGCAUUUUAUUGAUGUUAUUAUCCAAUUAAAAGUAUGAAUGAAUAAAAUGGUUAACAAAAUGUGGACUCUGGUAGAUUAGCAGCAUUGUUACAUCAUGGAUGUUAACUACUGCAAAACAUCAACAAAGAACAAAAAUGCUGAAGUUAGCAACACAUCACUGAACUUUAGAGCCAUCGUGAGUGGAGUUGCUUGUUUUUAUUGCUGCAUUUGUACUUAUUUCACCUCACAUCUUCACUUUUAAUCCUAAAGUCUUCUUCAAAUAUAUUGUUGUAGGCUUCUAACAUUUAUGUUUCUGAUGUGUGUGUAGUCUGUGCAAAGGGUUGUUGUCCCUUGUGGAUCCAAUUGUUCACUUACACAGAUACAUCUUCAUCAUCAUCAUCAUCAUCACCGGCACAAUACUGGACGAAACCUUAGCAUUAAUGUUUUAAUAUAAGUGUGACCUCAUUAUUCCUUGAUAAUAACACUAAAAUUACAGAUUUAAGCACUGUAUUAUAAAUAAAUGGGUUAUGCUUGUAUAGCGCUUUUCUACCUUCAAGGUACUCAAAGCGCUUUGACACUAUUUCACACACACAUUCACACACUGAUGGCGGGAGCUGCCAUGCAAGGCCCUAACCACGACCCAUCAGGAGCAAGGGUGAAAUGUCUU